UACUAUACAUAUUUUGUGAUGUGCUUUUAUGUUUUUUAUAACAGUAUUUUUUUAUAAUUUUUAUUUCAUAUACCUACAGAUUCUUGCCAAUGCAAAACCAUUUGUAAUCAGAGAAUAUAUUCACUAUAUCCACUAUAUAAUAUUUACCUAAAUCCUAAAUCAAACAUGCAUUUUGAAUAUUAUCUAACCAGUAUGAUGGGUUAACCCAUAAAGCUAUGGUUAACCACUUAUGGUGGUUUAAAUAUAGCAUAGAAAUUUUCGUGCAGUAUCUACAUUAUCAUGUUUAAAAUUCGGCAAUCAGUUUAUACAGAUGACGAAUUGAUCGUUCUAAGUGAUGAUAGCAUUGAAAAACCUUACAGGCUAACUCCUUUUAUAGUCACUUUCUGUACAGGAAGCAUUUCAGAAAUCGAUAUACGGCGAUUAAUAGAAUCGGGUCUGCACAUAAUAAGAUUUAAAAUGUCAAAUGUCACGAGACGAGAUAAAAUAAAAUUGCUUUCGAUGUUGGAAUCCGCUGUCAAGUUCUGCUGCGAAAAAUACGAGGUGUCCACUUGGCCGAUCGCCGUAUCGAUAGAUUUACCCCACUUUUGCAUUAGAACUGGUCGUUUAUGCCAGGGACCAGAUAAGCAGUACCAUUUAACAAAGGGCGAUAUCGUUGAAAUAACAUCAAACGUUAAAUAUUGCGAGAGUUGUUCUAAUAGCAGAAUAUACAUAGAUGACCACAAUGUGUUGAAGAAAGUUAAAGAAGGAACUGAAGUAACUUUGAGCAAAGGAAAUAUCAGCUUAAUUUGUACUAAAGUUGUCGAUUUUGAAACUAUCGAAUGUAAAGUUGUAAAGGAAGGAGAAUUGGGCAACUGUGAAUAUAUUUGUUUUCGUGGGGUCACACGCGAAGUACCCACAGGUUUAAGUAAAAUUGAUUUGGAGCUAAUAGAAUUUGCUAAAGAAUUUCGUCUUGAUAUCCUAAUAAUAAAGGUAGUUCAUAGUCCGAUGACCUUAAAGGAAAUCAGAGCUUUGUACGCAGACACGGAUACAGAAGUGCCGCUGUUGAUUAGCACCAUUAGUGACCAAGAAGGCCUCGACAACAUCGAUACAAUUAUAGAAGAGUCUGAUGGCAUUAUAUUAGCCAGAGAAUUUCUUGCAUUCCAAAUAGCUGACAUGUAUCAAAUGCACGCAAUUCAGUUACAAGUUGGUGCCAAAUGUCGAAAGUUAGGAAAACCAUUCUUUAUAUCAGGAAAUAUACUCGAAAGUAUUUUACAAGAUGGCAAGAUAUCAUUGGGUGAUUUAUCAGAUAUAACCAAUGCUGUGUCCCAUCGGACAGGAUUAAUUCUACAAGAUUAUCAGGGUGCUGACAACUUGAUCCAAGCUGUAAAGUUACUUGACUCUGUGUGUCGAUCAGUGGAGUCCAGAACAAAGGAUAUACAGUUCUGGCUAGCAUCGAAAGAAAUCAAAAUGCCAGUCAAUGCUGCAGAAGCUUGUAUCCUAGGCUGUGCUAUAGCUGCGAGACAAAUGAGAGCGUUAGUAAUCAUUCUUCCGACUGUGAGCGGCAAAUCAGCAGUUCACGUCACUCAUGUUGCAACAGAUAAAAUUAUAUUGACUGUCAGCUCAAGUCCAACUGUGGCGAGAAAAUUGCAAAUCUAUUAUGGCGUUAUUCCCAUAAUCUACGGCAAAAAGGCAAAAAAGGAUUGGCAGGAGGAAAUGGCAGCACGUAUUAAAUUUGCAGUGUCGUAUGGUAUAAGACAUAAAUUGCUCAAGUAUGGGAGUACAUAUGUAACAUUGAGAAAAUCUGAUCCGAACAGUUCUUACGCUGAUACUAUAAAUAUUUUGACAGCGACUUUCGAAGAAGAAGAGCAUACAUCGGACCCUUUAAAAAUUUCACCAUAUAAAUACCGAAGAUGUCCAGUCUUUGUUACGUUAACUGAUUCCCAAAUAAGUGUAGUAGACAUACAGAGAAUGCUUGAAGCUGGUAUGAAUAUAGCUAGAUUCAAACUGUCGAGGAGUACCAGGGGAGAUAAAAUGCAUCUCCUUGGCAAAAUUAACAAAGCAUCGCUGGCCUGUUGUGAGAAGUACGACGUGACUAACUGGCCUAUUGCCACAUGUGUAACGUUGAAAACGUGCUUUGCGAAAACAGGCCUAUUGGAGAAUGAUAUUUCUUUCAUCAAUCUUGAGAAUAACACUGAAUUAAUUUUAUUUCACAACAUAUCGCUUUUUAACAAAUGCAAUGAAAACAACAUUUUUGUUGACUAUCCUUUGAUAGCUGUUGAUGUUAAAGUGGGAACAGAAAUUUCCAUAGCCGCUGAUGAAAUCAUCUUAAAAUGUAUAUGCAUACUUGAUGAAACGUCUAUAAAAUGUGUCGUUACAAAGGGCGGUAAACUAACGAGUAUGAGUGAUUUAUGUGUUAGAAAUACAAAACGUUCAGGACCGUUGGUAACCGAAAAAGAUUUCGAAAUGGUGGAAUUUGCUUUACAGAAUCAAGUAGAUGGUAUAUUUAUAAACUAUGCCCGACAUCCUGAUACAAUAAAAAUUAUCAAGAAAUACAUAGCGUCGAAAAAAGUCAGAAGACCAUUAUUACUGGCUGGUAUAAGUAGUGAAGAAUGUCUAGAAAAUAUUAAUGAUAUAAUUAAGGAAAGCGAUGGAAUUAUAUUGUCUCGACAGCAUUUACCAUAUGAAGUAGAAUCCUCUAAACAAUACCGAAUGCCGCAAAUUCAAAAAUGGAUAGCUGGAAAAUGUUUACAAGCUGGUAAAUCAUUGUACAUUUAUGGAGUUUUCAAUAACGCUCUCCGAACUGGUUUCUUUAUUAACAAUGAAAUAUCAGAUGUGACAAAUGCCAUAAUGGACGGAGUUAGCGGCUUCAUUCUUGCGGAAUGUUCUAGUCCAGAUAAUAUAAUAGAAGUUUUGUAUGGCAUAAACCAGUUGUGCUACACUGUUGAACCAUUAGUUACCAGCAAGAUAAAUUUUAAGAGAAUAAUUGACGAGGUCAAGAUGCCAAUAAACGCAGCAGAAGCUACUGCAAUGUCUUGCGCUACUGUAGCCAUUCAGACCAACGCUCGGGUGAUCAUCAUUCCAACAGUCAGCGGCAGAACACUCAGGUUACUCCAAUUGAUGAGGCCCUCCUGUCUUAUGAUCGCUGUUAGCUCUGACGGUCAAGUCAUACGGCAUCUCAUUUCGUAUAGAGGUGUAUUUCCUCUUUUGUAUAACGGUUUUCAACAUAAAAACUGGCACCUAAAUCUCGAAGCUCGUAUUUUCUUUGCUCUCGAAUACGCAGUUAAAAGAAAUUGGGUUGUAUACGGUGAUAAUUACAUAACUUUGCAAAGAGGAUCAGAUACCAGCUCUUUCUGCGACACGCUCAGUAUCGGGAAAGUUAGCAUCGAGAAGAAAUCUUUGGUCGAAUGCUCUGAGAACUAUGAAGAAAAUUACCUGUUUUAAAUUUUUAAUUAUAGUUACUUUAAUAUUGGAAAAGUAAAGUUUAAUAAACAAAUCAU